AUUUUCGAAAAUCACAAAUUCACAGAGUAAUAUGAAUAAUUUAACUUGUUCACUUAAUUUUUUUUUGUGAUAUUUGUGUUAUGUGAAUAUUUUAUUGAAUGAUUUUUAAACUUUUGAUGAGUGAUUUGACGUUGCUGAUUAUAUUGAUUUUGAUUUUACAGCUGCUUACUGCCUGUUGAGUUCCAGUUCAGUUUCCAAUUAAUUCAUAAUCAUGUUAGGAUUUUAAGGUUAGUUAGCCACAUCAUGUAUUAAUUUGUUCAACUAAGAGUUUCAAAGAAAUUAUCAAAAUGUUUCUAAAAACGUGGGAAGAGUUUGAGAAAUCGGCCAUGCAUUUAUAUCUCAAAGACCCUAUGAAGAUUCGAUACAUAAUGAAAUACACACACAACAAAAGUAUAUUAAAAAUAAAAAUAACUGAUGACGUAGUGAAUCUUCAGUUCAAAACAGAAAUCAUCCAAGACUUCAAAAAGAUCGAAAGGUUCGUUAAUAAUUUGAUGCGGCACAUGGCAUCAAAAGAAAGGAUGGUUGAGGAUAGCAGAAAGUCAUGAACAUUCGAGCCUCUGUUGUGCUGCAAUACAGUGGACCAACAUUUUUUUCUUGGAUACAUUAUCCAAAUAUCCAACAGAAUAGAAAUUCAAAUCGUGAUUACUGUGUAAAUCCCUCAUCGGUUUGGGUGUCUGGUUCGUGUAUGGUUUUGUUGACGAAUCAUUGAAUUAAUUUUGUCACAAGUGUUGUGGUAAUACAGAUCAUAGUGAUACGGUUUAUGACUGAUAAUUUGAAUAUUAGUAACGCUGUAAUGGCAUCUCGAUUUUAAGCUGUUGUCUAUUAUUUCUAAUGCUGCUGUUAUCAAAAAAAUUUGGUGUCUCACCAAAUAUUCGUGUUCUAUCAAUGUAAUUUGGUCACUUCCUAGUGAUGUUACACCAACUAUUAUAAUAUAUACAUAUGAAUAUAUAUAAUACAUAUUUAUUAUAUUUAUUUAUACCACAUAUUGCAAAUCAUCGUUUAUUAUCCUACUAAAUAGCUUGAAUAAGCAUUAUUCAUUUUAAAAAUCCAAAAUGGCUUCAAUAGAAAAUUGUAUUUUAUUUUAUUCACUCCGUAUCCAAUCUUUUUAUGUGUAAUGUUUUCAUUUGAGGCUUAUGAAAAAUACUCAGGCAAUGAAAGCGAAGGCCCUUAUUACAUUAGGACUCCAGGCUGAGACAUCAGUGGUGUCUGUGUGUUGUGGUGUCAGACUGGGACACCAGUGAAACCACCAGUGAUCACCAGUAGGUGAGAAACCUGGUUUCUUGUCGCCUACUGCUGCUGUGGGUAAUUGAGUGUACCGUAUAGUUUAACUAUAAACUCAAUAAGAACUAAUGCUCCACGUCUCGCUCAGCCACUUGGUGUUUCACCCUGAGUGUUCCAAUGCAAUACGGGCCUUAGUUAUGUAGUUGUUUAGUUGGAGAGUUGAACAAUAUGAUAUUAUCGUACUUUUAAAUGCUAUUAUUUUUUCAUAGAUAAGUGCAAUUCAUUUUGUAAGGGUUGUUUAUAUUUUAUAAAGUAUUUGGUCAUAGAGUUAACUAAAAAGUUGAGGAUGAGUUUUUAAAUUCGAAUAAAGAUAAUUAUAAUUCGA